CACAUCAGAGGAAACACUGCUCAACGGAACGACUUGGUAGAGAGACAACUGGAGCUCAACCCGAACAAAAAGUACAGGGGCAUGUGAGCCUUGCCAGUCUUACAGGAAGUAUUUCAACACUGACAUUCUGACAUUUUUAUGGGAGGCUGGGAGCAAAACAACGACCUGUCGAGAUGGGAGUUACAGUCUCUCCAGUCUACUCGAAUGUGAGCACUACGUCAUUGUCCAACAACGAGACGGGCCACAACGAGAUGGGCCUCAACGAGACAGGCCACAGUGAGACGGCUAUGAUCCUGAUGGGCAUCGGAAUGUCUUUUCUGGUGCUGUGCAUUGUCUUUGGAAACAUCCUGGUCAUAACAGCAAUCGCUCGCUUUCAGCGUCUCCAAACUGUCACCAACUGCUUCGUCACAUCUCUGGCGUGUGCAGACCUGGUCAUGGGUCUCAUUGUGGUUCCCUUUGGUGCUUUAAACAUCAUCUUCGUUAAAUGGCACUUUGGUAAAUUCUGGUGCGACUUCUGGACUGCCACAGAUGUCCUCUGCGUGACUGCAAGCAUCGGGACCCUUUGUGUCAUCGCUAUUGACCGUUACGUGGCCAUUACUGCACCCUUCCGCUACCAGUCACUAUUGACAAAGUGCAGAGCUCGAAUUGUGGUCAUCUUUAUAUGGGUGAUUGCUGCUUUGACAUCCUACCCGCCCAUUCAUAUGAACGUGUGGAGAUCCAAUACAUCGGAAGCUGAGAAAUGUCUUAAUAAAACAGACUGCUGCCAGUUUCACACAAACAUACAAUAUGGAAUCACCUCCUCCAUCAUCUCCUUCUACAUCCCUUUGAUCAUCAUGGUUUUUGUCUACAGCCGUGUUUUCCUGGCGGCCAAAAGGCAGCUAAAAAAGAUUAACCAAAGCGUUGGACGCUUUCAUGUAGAUUCUUCGGAGGACAAGAAUGGCCGUGGACAAAAGAAGGCAAAGUUUUACUUGCGUGAACACAAAGCCCUGAAAACUUUGGGUAUCAUAAUGGGGACCUUUACUCUUUGCUGGCUACCAUUCUUCAUCCUUAAUGUAAUCGCGUCCAUAUGGAACGUGAACAACUAUAGCGUAUUUAUGAUUCUGAACUGGAUAGGCUAUUCAAACUCUAUGUUCAACCCUGUCAUUUACUGCCGGAGUCCUGAGUUCAGGUACGCUUUCAAGGAACUCCUGUGCAUCAGGAGGAACCAUCUGAGCCACCAAGGCCAAACAAAUGGAUACAUCUACAGCAGGCACAGCUGGCAGAGUGAGCAGCAAGGGAGGAGCAAGUGCAACUCGGAGGACAGUGAUGCCAAUGAGGCUUGUCUGAUAAAAGGUGCAGGGGUGGGCAGUGGUGUGGACAGAGCCAUAGACCCCAAUGGAAACUGCAACAAAGGUAUAACGACUGUCACAACUGCCCUUUAAGCACGGACCACCGACCCUUCAGUCAACAGAGAAAGAUGAAAGCCUAUACACUUAUGAACAUUUAGGGCUUUUCUCUCAAUCGCUGAUUAAGGUAAGGCCAGUCAAAGUGGCUGGCAGUGUUUCAAAAGUGUUUCAGAGAACCUGCAACGAUCACAUCAAGCUGAGGAACAUUUUUUUUAAGUUAAACAUAGUGACUACAUAUUGUAAUGUAUUUUUUUUAUUACAUGAUGACUACAUCUACCUCCCUAACGGCUUUACAGUGUUAGUUUCUUUACCGGCUUACAUUCUUACCUUUGGAGUUAAACGAGAGCGAUGUCUCAGCUGUGUGUUGAGCCUAAUAAAUGGCGUGUGAAUAGUACAUUUGCAGAUUAUAAGGCUUCAUCCAAAACCUUAGGGCAUGCUUUAUUUAUUUUUUGCUCUUUCUUGAGGAGGGAAGCCACAGUUUUUUGUAUGGUAUAAAACUGUAUUUGAGAUUUUCCAUGCGAUUUUUCUUCCAAUGCAAAGAAUGGAUUUUUGAACCAGUCUUGGUCUUUGCAUCAAAAAUUACAUUCCGACAACACUUGAGGAAUCUAUUAAGUUGUAAUCUUUUUUUCAGGGAGCUAUAUUGGCUACGCGUGAGGCAAAACACGUCUCAGUCCUGCUCUACUGUGCAAGACUGUGUUUAAAGGAGUUUAUGUUGUCAGCAGAAAGCACAAGAGAUAUGGCUGGCUAAUCUAGAUCCUAAUGCUGAGCCUAAGGAACGCCUGUAGCUGUUGGGUUAAUGCCAUCAUAAAACAUCAAAGCUUGUUUUAUCAGAUAACGAACCGUAAAAUACCUAUAAUUUUUGGGAGGAACGCUAAGUGCAAUAAUAUAAAACUUGGGCUGAAAUGCUCACCGUUUUCAUAAAUUCAAACAUUUCUUUUGGCUUGUUACAUAUACCUGAACUAUGUCUAUUUUCCACUUGUUGCAAAUCUAAAACCACUUUUUUGUUACAAAUAACAGUGAGAACGACGAUUCUUUUUCUUCUGUGCGACAAAUUUGAACCAUAGUUGACCCAUAGCUGCAUGAGCCUUGUUUGUUUAUCAGAUUUUGCAGUUGCCAUGUUUCAGUAUGUGCACAGUUUACCGCAACCAGAGAAGCUGUUUCCUCAUAGUGCAAGGGUACAGACAACACGUAAUCAUAAACAGGGUGUGAAUGCAGCCAAAUGACAAAGUUCUAGCACCAAGCCAUAACGGUGAAGUCAGCAACCAGACAGAAAAAAGAAAAAAUCCAAAGCUUGUAUUCAGUACACUCAUUGUUUUUAUCUGGCUAUCUCUUUUCUUGUGUGUGUAAUCAUUGUGCCAUUUGGACAAGAGACACGGGAGCCUGCAAAAACGUGCCUCGGCUUCAGUCGUUUCAGUCAGUUUUGGUCAGUCUUAUUUAAAUGCCCCUUAAUGUGCAGCCUGGAGAAAAGGCAGCUGAGCCCUGAUCCAAUAAACACAAACACAUCUCCUGUUUAGCUGAAGAAUCAUCAUAAAAGGGAUCCAGAGGACCAACCUAAAAUGAUUUUCUUUCUUGUCAUUCACUUUAAAACUUCAAGGAAGACUAUCGUGGACAAUAAGCACUUAGCACAAAGGGCACGAUUGCAAGCCUAUUAAGAGUAAAGGAAAGUGUUGAUGUAGCUGCAGCACCUUUCCUUAGUGAGUUUGGCAGAAGUAUGAUCUUGUCAAAGGGACUGAACACUAAAUGUAGCUCCUAAGACAGGAGGGGGACCAGGGACUCUGCCAGGCUAAAUCUGUGUUAGUGACUUGUAUUUUUGUGCAUGUAGCAUCGCCUCUGACCGGGGUUAGAUUUGCUGACACUUUCAAAGCUGUGAACUUUGUUCCUCCAGAGGAAACCUCUUAUGUACUGUAUCGCACGGUUUGGUGAGCGCUGUUAUCACAGACCUUAGGAGUCGACGUAAACACAGUGUCAUCAUACGUCAAUGUUUGCCAUGUGAAAAACAAGCUUUCCAGUGUGCUGAUCUUUUUCUGUUUUUCUUCUUUGCGGAUUUACAGCAAAGUAAAUGUACAAGGUUGAAUGUCAUAGGAAAUGUUUCUUUUAGACUUUUAUUUUAACAUUUCCACUGUACAGCAUGCCAAAAGCACAAAUCUGAUAUUAGACCAAGUUUGUACAUAUCUCCUUCAAAAAACAAAACAAAAAAAGGCACUAAUUUACCAACACACCAGUCUUUUUGUUUGAAAUAAAAAAAUGUAAAUUUUGCAAGCACUCUGCAAGUGUUUGCACGUCUGCUUUUAACGUCUGGUGUUGUGUUGGUGGACCUGCAUGCUCCUCUCUGUCAAAGUGAUCUGGCUGUGAACUGCACAUCCACACUGCUCCCUCCUGGCAGUAGACUCUCUUUGCACCUCAGUCGCCACACGUUCGUACAAAGGUUUCAUCAAUAGCCCUGUAAAUUGUAGAAUGUAAGCCUUCACAUUCUCCAGCGCUUAAGAAAACCUACGUGCGUUUUGAAUAUCGAGCUGACGCACUUUGCCAUUCCAAGCACAGCUGAUGUUUUAUGUCAGACUUUCAGUGCACAUUCAGUUCUCUCUCCAAUGUCUUGUUCCAGAGCACAUGCUGCUCUGUGCACUCUGAAACAAUAGGUACUCUCCAAGGAGAAUUAUGGGUUACAGUAAAAGCGAGUCUUAGAGGUUAUUUUAUAGUUUUGUGUCUGUAUCAAAUUGGGUGACGUAUUAAACGUUAAUAUGAUCUUAAUGAACCUAAACUUGCACUGUAUAGCACUUUCAGGAGAUUUAGAAAAUCUGAAAAACAUUUUGAGUUCACAAAAUUAAAAAAAAAUGGUUUGUUUAAUUAACCUUCUGGUCUAAAACAUACAAAUGAGUAAAAAAAAAAAGAACAUACUUAAUUCAUUUCAGGGCAGGAUGUUGCUCAAAGCUUCAAUAUAAAUCUUUUCAAUGUUUCUAUAAAGUUCAAAAUUUCAUCAUUAGACAUUAAAGAGCAAACUUGUCACAUGUUACCUUUCAUUUUUAUGGUGGGAGUGAAACACUCCCCGAAAUGUUUACUAAAUGUUUGCAAGCUAUUUUCGCACAAGUUGUUGUCACUGUUAAAGUCUUGAAGCCUGUUGUGAAAUGUGGUGCCCUGUGGUAUUUAUUAAUAAAACAAGUGUAUGCGUGGUAUGUUACAUUUUUAUUGAAAUAAAUUAUGUACAUGUUGUGUGUAA